AACAAUACACAAGCCUAAAAACCCCUAUAUAUAUUCCCACAUUCACCACCUCUCACUCAAACAAAUUCACCACCUCCCUUCUUCCCUUGAACAAUGUCUGGGGUUUGGGUGUUCAAGAACGGCGUCGUUCGACUUGUGGAGAAUGCCGGGGAGUGCCACAGCAAGAAAAUGCUAGUCCACGUGCCCUCGAACGAGGUGAUUGCAUCAUAUGCUAUGUUGGAGAGGAAAUUAUUGGAUCUUGGAUGGGAGAGGUACUAUGAUGAUCCUGAUCUUCUGCAGUUUCACAAGAGAUCAACGGUUCAUCUCAUCUCUCUCCCCAAAGAUUUCAACAAGUUCAAAUCCAUACACAUGUACGACAUCGUCGUCAAGAAUCGAAAUGAGUUUGAAGUUAGAGAUGUUUAGUGAUGUGAUGUGAUCGUGCACCUAAUUAAGUAAUUUCUAGGGUUUGUUUUUGUGUGUUUAAAUUUGUGUGUGUGAUUUAGGGAUGUUGCCUAAGGUCAGGGUUUUUAAUUUAUCUUUGUUUUUGUGUGAAAAAUGGAUCCAAUAUUAGUAUUGUGUAAUCUCUGGUUGAUUUGGGUUGAUGUGUUGUAAGAUGUAAGAGAAAUGAAAUAAGAUAUGUAUAUUGUAGGAAUUUAAAGUA